AUGGAGCUUCCUCAUUUGAAGCAGGUGGCGGCGGUGGCCUUCCUCGCCUUCGUGGUGUUCCGCAUCCUGCACAAAUGGUGGUUUCGCAUAAAGUACGACUGGCACCUGAUCCCCGGGCCUCAAGGGUACCCCCUAAUCGGAAACCUGCCUCAGCUUGUCGGCUGGGAGAAGCCGCAGAUGCACCUGGCGGUGACGAGAUUGGCGAAGGAGUACGGGAAGAUCUUCAAGGCAGAGCUUCCAGGCAUUGGGCGCAAUCUCUGGGUGACAGAUCCAGAAUACCUCCAGAACCACAUUACUGGCCAUGGCAAUCACGGUCUUCCCAAAGCUCCACUUUACAAGGCAUUGAGAAAGCUCUUCACUCCAACUGACAACGAUGGAAUCUUCAGCACACAGGAAAUGAAUGUUCGGUGGAAAGUGGUGAGGAAGGGGGUCUCCAAGGCAUUCAGUGUGGAGGCCUUGCGGGCAGUAUUUCCUCACGUUCUGAAGAAGGCUGAUGAGCUUUCGGACAUCAUAAAAGCCACGCCUGUCAAAGAGCCAAUUGAUGUCCAGCCCCUGCUAUCUCGCCUCGCACUCGACAUUGUUGGGCUCGCAGGUUUCCGCAUCGACUUCAAGGCCCUGCAAGACAAGGACUGCCGAUUGUUCGAAGCCCUUAUGUUCUGCAGCACUGAUAUGUUUAUUUCGACUGCAAACCCCUUCCGAGGCAUGGUCAAAUGGCUCUUUCCCACAGGCAAACUUGCCCAGGACUGCAAAAAGAUGUAUAGCCAACUCCACAGCGAGUAUGAAUGGAUUUUGGGAGAGCUGAGGGGAAGGGGAGAGCCCAGUGCAGAUGAUCUGUCCCUGUGGGCGUGCUUGAUGAGGCUGAAAGACCCAGAGUCGGGUGCACCUUUGGAUGAUGAGGCCAUUCGCCCGGAAGUGGCAACCUUCGUCACAGGGGCCACGGACACCACAGCCCACCAGAUUAUGUGGGUGCUGUUCAUAAUUGCUGCUCUUCAAGAAGUGCAGCAGAAGAUAGAAGCGGAGAUGAAAGACAGUGGGUUGUUUCAGCGCCUCAGGGAUGGCAGUGUCAACAGGGUGACAUAUGCUGACAUAGCGGGACUCAAUUAUUUGUUGAUGGUGGUGAAAGAAGGGAUGCGGAUGUUUCCAGUUGUGCCCCUUGGCAGCGUGAGGAUGACGACCAAAGACGGAGAGCGAGUUUACGGAUAUCGGGUACCCAAGGGCACACUAGUCAAUGCUGCAUUCCAUCCUCUCUACAAUGCACCCUGGCUGUGGGAAGAGCCUGAGCGCUUCAUCCCGGAGAGGUGGUCCAACCAGGCGCCAAUGGAGGCAUCGGACGUUGAGGCACGGCCUGAGAAAAAGAGUGCAUCGCGGAGGUUCUGGGCCUUCAGCGAUGGGCCGCGGGAUUGUGUGGGCCAGAGGCUGGCACUGAUGGAGCUGUACACUGUUUUGGCGGUCUUGCUCGCCAAAUUUGAAAUCAGGCUUGCGGACAGGAUGUGUGGUUGGGAAGGGGUUGCUUCCCGCCAGUACAACGCGAUGGCUUUGUCCAUUGACGGCGGAAUGUGGCUGAAUUUCCAACCCAGAAUUGACAAUGCUUGA